CUCGUCACUCUCGCGAGAGCUUUGAGGCUGAAGCGCGGAGGAACCUUUCGGGCGGCGCCAUUUUCUUUUCCCUGCCGAGGUGGGACGGGCGGACCUGUGACCGAGCUCCCAGGAUUUACCAGCCGAAGCCCAGGCGCAAAAGGUGUAGCAUUAAAGCAGAGGACGCACCUUGAGCAGCAGAGGCGUUGUUUUCCGCUGCUGGAACUGAACUCGGCUCACAGUCCUUUCACACGCUCCAAGAACUUGGACGGCCUGCAAGAGCCUCCUGGAGCCCAGGAAGCAAGGCGGAGAGCUUAAAAUUAAGCUCUGUCUUGCUUCACAGUCAAGAUUGCUCAUAUGAAGGUGGUUCAAGUAUCGGAGUUUUUGCAUAUGAAGUAUGUUUCUGACCAUAGCACGGCUUCGAAACCGCAUUCCUGGGAGUCAGUGGAUUGGUAAACACAGACGGCCGAGGUUCGUUACAGAGAUAAUGAAACAGGGUAUCAUCAAGAGGCUGGAAAGGGAAGCUGAAAAUGAAUAUUGGCUGAGCCGGGCAUACAUGACAAAAGACCAGGAGUAUCGCCACAAUGCAGAACGCAGACGUUUAUGGCGGGAAAGAGCAAUGGCUGCAGAAAAAGCUAAGUUUCCAGAGCAUAAGUAUGCUACAGAACAUCUGGGUCACCUUAAUGUGACCAAGAAAUGGACAGAAGCUUGAAAAACUUAAGUUGGCGUUCAGCUGGACUGCUUGCAAUUGCUGACAGUGGCAACCACCAGUUAUGUAAGAAGGCCUGUAAAUAAAUGUAUUACUCUUCA